CUGCGCGCGGGGAGCCGGUCCCGAUGGAGCGCGUGCGGCCUCUGCUCGCGCGGCGGCUGCUGGCGGGGGGCGCGCUCGAGGCCGCCCGGAGGUUCGCGAGCGCCGCCGCAGGCGCUGCGUCACGGCACGUAGCGGAGCGAACCGGGCAGCGCGCGCUGCUGCUGGGGGCGGCGCCCGGGUGGCGGCCGCGCGCGCGGAGCCUGCGCUGGGCAAAUGAACUAUGGCACCAUGCAAGUACAGAGGCUUCUCAAGCCACCUUAGCUAGUGUAUCACCCAUAUUCGCCGUGAUGAAAUUUGACAAGGAAGGAAAUGCUACUUCUUUUGAAAGAAAAAAAACAGAGUUGUACCAGGAACUGGGUCUCCAAGCUCGAGAUUUAAGAUUUCAGCAUCUAGUGAGCAUUGAACCUAGGAACAACAAGAUCAUCAUGAGAAUGGAGUUUUUAAAGGCUGUGGUAUCACCAGAGUUUCUUCUAAUACUAGAUCAUCGCAAUAUAAAUAUGGAACAAUGGCUGUCCCAAGAAUUAGCAUCUCAACUGGCUGGAGAAGGGCAGCUAGUUACAUAUUCCUUGCCCUUUGAAUUUAGAGCCGUUGAAGCAAUCCUGCAAUAUUGGAUCAGCAAACUGCAGGCGAGACUUAACCUUUUGCAGCCUCAGAUCCUUGAGACACUGGAAGCUCUAGUGGACCCCAAGCUUUUGUCUGUGGAUAGGAGUAAACUACAUGUUCUACUACAAAAUGGCAAGAGUUUGUCAGAAUUAGAAACAGAUCUCAGAGUUUUCAAAGAAACUCUGCUGAAAAUCUUGGAUGAAGAAGAACUAAUAGAAGAGCUCUGUCUAACUAAAUGGACUGAUCCACAAGUAUUUAAGGAGAGUACAUCUGGAAUUGAUCACGCAGAAGAAAUGGAACUGUUGUUGGAGAAUUAUUACAGACAAACUGAAGAUCUUGCUAAUGAAGCUCGUGAACUCAGAGUAUUGAUCGAUGAUUCAGAAAGUAUUAUCUUUAUCAACCUGGACAGCCACCGUAAUGUUAUGAUGAGACUGAACUUACAGCUGACCAUGGGGACUUUCUCCCUCUCUCUUUUUGGACUGAUAGGAGUAGCAUUUGGUAUGAACUUGGAGUCCACACUUGAAGAGGACCUCAGAGCAUUUUGGCUGGUGACAGGGAUUAUGUUUUUGGGAAGUGGCCUUAUGUGGCGGCGUUUGCUUUCGUUCCUUGGACGGCAUCUUGAACCUUCGGUACCUCCACAGGUACAUACCUUCCUGAAAAAAACUCAACCACCAGCAGGGAGGACUGAAGUGAAGAGCAUCCUUAAAACAGAAGCCUUUGGGUCAAGCAAGAACACAUUGGCAAACAAAUAGAAACUUAUUAUUUCAUCUCCAGUUGUCGGUGAUGUUACAUUGUAAACUUCAGAUACUUUAUUGCAUUUGUUUCUCCCUUUAGUAAAAAUUUAAGGAUUUUUAAACACUGGAUGAAUUAGUCUGGCAUAUCAAAAGCUCUUCCAUAACAAAAAUGUGUGGAGGUUUUUAAAUUGCACAAGUCAGUAAAUGCAGAGAGAUUCCCAUAGCACCUUUUAUUUUUAUCCCUGUGUGUUACACUAGGAUAUUACAUAAAUCUGCUGUAUCAUGCAGGCUUUCAGCAUCUGCUUUUCAUCUUGAGGCCUCGGUUUAAUAACUGUUUGGGUCCAGCUAAGGUAGUGCUACAGAUAGAGAGGCAAAGUGUUUUUUAAUAUAAAGAGCCUAUAGCUGUCCUCAGAAAGAAGUGUUUGGGGUAUUAGGCUGACAAUUCAGAUGCUGAGUAAAGGAGUUAAGCACCUAACACUAGGCUCUUUAAAAGAAGUCUUAGCCAUUCUCUUUGCAGAUGACAGAAGCAGGAGUCGUAUCCACAUCUCUUGUAAAGCACUACCACUAACUCAGCAGCAGCCAGAAGACAACAUGACUUAGCUAAUUUUGAAUAAGAAAUAACAAAUUUUGUAUAGAUAAUCAUCCAUUCAGAAACUAACCAGGCCUCACUGUGCUUAGUCUCUUUUUAAAGCCCUAGAAUUGCACACACUGGUAAACUGGUAAGCAAAUGAAAAUUCAGGCAUCACAGUCGGUGCUAAAUGAUGGAUGUAUUCAGACAGCUGCACUAGGAUAGUUCCUUAUGUUUAUAUUAUUAGUAAGGACUUACCUUAGGGCCUGAUCCAGAUCUAGUUAAAAAAAAAAAUGAAACAAGCUGUUGAUUUUUCUUUUUCAUUGCCCUGGCCUGACUUGUUUUCUUCCCUCUUAAAGAAGUCAGGAUGAUUACAAGGAACCACAAGCCAGAUGGCAGCAAUCUUGCAGCUGGUUUCAUCACUAUUUAUGGUAGUUGAGUUCAGGAGCUGAGUGUGGAUUUGAAUUGGGUCACAUCUGAGGAUAAUACAAAGAAACAACUAGGUUACAUUACAUAGCUGAGGGAUGAAGGCUGUUGAAAGGCCUGGUUUAAUUAUGGGAGAGGAGAAAGGAAGAGUUAAAUACCACACCAGCCCCCUUAUUUGCUUCAACUCUUGCAUAAUUUUAAGUGAGAUGCAGUUUUUCUGUAUGAACUUUGACUCUGAUUCUCUGCUGGUUUGGCCCACUGUGAAAAAUGAGCAUAAAGCCCUUCUAGAGGAAGGAACUUACAUCUGUGCAAAGAGCAGUAAGCUAGGUCCUUAAACAUACAAACAACUGCACAUGUGACAGACUGAAAGGUUGAUCAUUCUAGCAGCUAAAAGGACCCAUUACUCAGGUGAGUAGCCUGUAGAAACUUGACACUAUUGAAUCUGGUGUAAUUAUGUAGGCUUUUGCCUUAAUUCAAGUAAAAAUCACUUGUGGUUGCCAAUAACUGAUAUCUAAUCAGAUAACUGAUUUAACUUUCUUAUAGGAAAAUAAAACACAGUUCUUGCUGCAUUUCUUUCUGUAAACUAAGUAUAGAUGUAAAAGGGAUUAAGUGAGUAUCUAACUGAUAGGAUUUAUAAAUACUUUUAUAAGCUGAGUUUUAAAAUGGUCAUUACCAGUCUGGUGGCUGUUCCAUGAUUGAUAGGAGAUGGUUUGGUCUCUGUCCAGCUUUUACAGAAAGUGACCACAUUCAGAGUGAACACCUGUGAUUCAGGAUUGAAGGCCCUUUGCUGGCCUACCCAGAGAAGCCAUCAAGUGAAGGGGUAUGGACACAGGUAUUUUUAUCAGAGUUAAAAUACACUGGUAUGGCAGCUAGGAAGACUUGAAGUGCUGCUUGCCAGCAAUUAUCUUUCCUACAGAAAUAGGUCUCUAGGAGUGUUUGACUCCUUUCGCUUGUACUUUAAUUGAUUUAAAGUGCAAUAAAAGAAUUUUAACAUAUGCAGCCUUUCAAAACGAGAGUCUUAUUGCAGGAGUAACCCAACUCUUAAAAAACACUGAAAGUUUUAACACUUGUAUAAUUCAAACUGCCAUGUGUCGUCAUGUGUAACAAAACAAUCUGAAAUUAACCAUGAAAAAAUUGAGAUGAAGGUGACCUGCAGGGUUUGGGUCAAACUGCCACUGAGCAGCCACAGAUCAAAUCAACAGAUCAAUAUGGUUUAUGUAAUACUUAACAAUUUUAAAUUUAAAGAAGACAUGCUCCUUUUGUUCUGCCUUGGACCUGCAAAUAAAAUGAAUACCUGUUUUA